UUCAUGGUUGUUGUAGCUUCAUCUCCUUUUUGAGAAAUCAAACAUACGAAAAAAUAUCUAGAGAAUUAAAUAAGUUAUGGUUCGAAUGAUUUUGGGAACGACAGCGGUAUCGCUAGUUCUCUCGAUAGUCAAUGCCAUAUCAACAACUGCAGCAGGAUUUGUUGCAGAUGAUACGAGCGUCACAUUUGCUCUCAACAUACCGGAGAAAAAUACAAACAAUGAUCUAUAUUUCAGCAUAUCAGGUCCGAGCAGCUGCUCCUGGAUAGCUGUUGGCAUGGGAUCAAACAAGAUGAAAGAUUCCCUUAUGUUUAUGAUAUAUGCCGAUUCCACCGGAAAGAAUGUAACUCUCAGUCCUCGGAUAGCUUCCGGGGAGAAUGAACCAUCGCAUACCACAGAUAUCGUGGUAGAAUCUCUUGCUGGCACGGGAAUUUCCAACGACACUUUCACUUGGAAUGGGAGAUGUCUAAACUGUACCUCGUGGAAAGGAGGAUCUUUAGGCCCGACAACAAAUCAAAACGCAACGUUCAUAUGGGCAAAUGGACCGCCCGGAACCCUGAAGUCAAACUCAUUACACGCCGACGUCAAGAGACAUGAUUCUUAUGGGGUUUUUUCCAUGGAUUUAUCGAAAGCGGUGGGUACAUCAGGUGUACCUGCGGUUCCAACUUCGAAUUCUAAAGGCACGAUCCAAAUCUCUGAGAAAGGGGACAGCACCAUCUCAUCCGCUGCUCAUGCUGUUUUGAUGGUCCUAGUAUUUGUUGGACUUUUACCAUUGGGUAUAGUCAUUUUGAGAUUUCUGAAUAGCCCCAGGUGGCAUGCUCUCAACCAAACCAUAUCUCUUGCAAUUGCACUUAUAGGCGUUGGAUUAGGCGCGAAGCUGGGCACACUUUACAAUCGGACGAAAGGUUUCAAAUCUGGGCAUCAAAUAUUUGGCCUUAUCAUUAUCAUAGCCAUGAUCGGACAAUGGAUUCUUGGCUUUCUUCACCAUCGAAUGUACAAGAAAACCUCGGCCACAACCAAAUUUGCCCCUAUACAUGUUUGGCUAGGUCGCGUUAUUAUCCCUGCUGGAAUCAUAAACGCUUUCAUUGGUUUCCCCCUCGCCCUCAACCCCAAAUUCGACUGGGCACUUCUAGUCUGCACCCUUCUCAUGGUCAUCAUCUGCGCCCCCGUUCUCUUCUGGGGCUACAAACGUCGCCAAGCAAAGAAAAUCGAAGAUAUCACAGGGGAAGUAGAAGGCUACGAAGCAGAGCCGUGGAGAAAUCCACAGGCACAGUAUGAUAUUGGUCUUAACCAUAUGAAUAUGAAUAUGAACUCCAAUCUUGGGGUACCUCCACCUUACCAUGCGGGAGGACAUCAGCAGCAGAUUUCUCAGCAAAGGAUACCGGGCCAGUCGUCGCAUAAUUUGCCGGUGCAACAGGGGACGCAGUUUGUUUGAGGAUUGAAAUCGAUUCGAGAAUCGACACACGGCGUUGUGUUCUAUUGAAAAGGGCGAAGAUCAAUUGGGGUGAUAUAGGGAAUAUUAAAUAUGGUAAACAAGACACAUGGAGUGUUUAAGGGUCUAAGGAAUGACAGUUAUGUGGCAAAGGGUUAAAAUUUCGGGAUACCGAGGAAAUAUAAUCAAGCAUAAUGACGGCGUUUGGUUUGGGUCAUGAGUCGCGGAGGAAACGGGAUACGCAUCAAGGAUUCGUGUAAGGCCUGGUUGCCAACAUAAAAUAGGGUGUUAUUUUGGGGUAUUUGGACAUAUCUCUUUGAGAAUACAUUGGAACACUGUACACUUGAUAUCUCACACUGUCGAACCUUCAGAGCAUUUGAGGUC